AUUGCGAGGUAAACGGACAGGGCUCGAAUGCACGCCCGAUGGGAAAUGUGUUAGGCAGGACAGGACAGGACAGGACAGGACAGGCUGCUUGUACAAAACCGACUUGGCUUGCCAUGCCUUGGUGGGUGGUGUACACUAACAACCUUUUCCCAUUUGGCUCCUUUUCCCUUUGCUUCUGUCAAUAAGUCUUCUUCAAAGGCCAAGCCACCCUCAACCCGACGUCCUACGCCACCAGACUCAACACCAAGCAUAAUAGUCUAUGGCUUCAAAGCCCCGGCACUAACACGAACAAGUAUAUCGAUGCUUUUUUAUGUGGAUUUGGCGGUACUUUUGGACGAUGCAGGCGACGAAUUUUGAAUAGAUAGUCUUUCUCCUCUUUCCCAGUUCAUUUAUUCCUUGUUGUUGCUGUAUUCAUCACACCUUGUAUACUUUUCUUCUUCUCUCGAUUUCUCUGUAUCUGUUCUUUGGUCGAGAAAGGGGGACUUUUGUCACCCGAGGGGAUUUCACAGCGAUGGAAAAUUCAUUAUUACCCAGUACCAACGACUUUACAGACACCGGCACCCUCGUUGGCCUCGAGCGUGGCCACCGCGAUGGCCUGAUAGCAGUAUGCGUCUUCGCAGGCGUCUCCCUGGUCACGAGCACCGCACUUUUCCUUCAUCUCACACGAAAGCUGGUGUUAUGGCACCUUGCCGACAGGAGACGGAGGAGGUCUGAGAAGCAAAGGAUAAAGCGACUGAAUGCGCAGUCACCCGGCGUUGAUUUAUCUCUUGGUCUUCCUCCCCAGCACUUUCAGCGGAGGACGAGGCCAAUGACGGUCGAAGACACCGAGGACAUGCGUGACGGCACGGGAACAAGGUCCGGGGACGCCAAGUCUAUGGAACCUGUGCACAGGGAGCCGAACCAGUUUGUCGUCCUCCUUUAUAACUUGCUUCUGGCCGACAUCAAGCAGAGCGUCGCAUUCUUCCUCAACGCCGUCUGGGUUGCUCGGGACUCCAUCGUCGUCGGUUCGGGUACCUGUUGGACGCAGGCUUUCUUCCUGUCAACAGGAGACUUGGCGGGAAGUCUUUUUAUUGCUGCCAUUGCGGUGCACACCUAUCUGGUAGCAAUAAGGGGAUGGAAACCAUCACAAAGAGCAUUGAUCCUGACCUGUUCGUCGAUAUGGAUCUUCAACUACCUCUUGGUAUUUAUCGGGUUUGCGGCAACGAACAAGGUCAAUGUUGGGUUCUUUGGUCGGGCCACGACUUGGUGCUGGAUCACCAGGGAGCAUGAAGAGAUCCGUCUGUUCACUCACUAUCUCUACGUGUUUAUAUGCCUGGCCUUGACGACCAUAAUUUACACGUGGAUCUUUCUGCAUCUCCGCCGCACGAGACGUAAGGAAGCCGCCGCCAACGCCCGCAAGUCAUCGACCCCGACCACGACGAGCGACGGCCGAGACCCAGACACCGAUUCGCGCCGCGACCCGACAUUCUCCAACAACGCCAAGAACAACAUAACGAUGCAUACACACGGCGACGGCUACAAUUCGGCCUUCUUGAUCUACCCCCUGAUCUACGUGGUCUGCACCGCACCCCUCGCCAUCGGCCGUAUCGCGACCAUGGCCAGAGCGAAUCUUCCCGUGACGUACUUUUGCGCCGCGGGCGCUCUCAUCUCGCUCAACGGGUUUCUCGACACGGUGCUGUGGGGCCUGACGCGUCGGGAAGUUGUGUUUGGCGACGUGGACGGAUCCGCGGGCGCCGACGGCUUGGGACUCGAGAGCUUCAGCUUCAUGCGCACGCCGCACAACAGAAAGUACGGCAACAUGAUCUGGAUCGAGGCCGGCGCCGACAAGUCCAAGGACAACGACAUGCGGGACGGCAGCAGCCGCCGCGGCCCGUCGGGAUCCUUCUGGUCCGGAAUACUGGGCGGCGAUGGGCGGAGCGGACGACGGGACGGGCGGGGUGCCCAGCGCAGCGUCUCUCAACAAUCUUUGAGGGGUGCCGCCGGGCUCAGCCGCGGUGAGACAUUGGGCGGGAUCCAGAUGGACAUGGUCACCACGGUCGUGGUAGAGGUCGACCCGGAUAGGAUCGCAGACGACAGCCCGAGGAAAGGCUCGGGCCUAUCUAUCAGUCCCGAGGAUUACAUCUCAAGCGUCGGGCCGCGCGUCUCGUCCGAUUUACAUCGUUCCGGAGGCAGUGCAAGCUCCGGGGUAUCGGCGCAGUCGGGGGCCCGGAGCGAAAAGGAUUUGCACAUGAACAUGGACAUACUAAACCGAAUAUAGACACGAAAACGAAGAACCAAAGAUACCCCAUUAAUAGAUAAAGAUAAAAUGUUAAAAUUCCUUCUAUCCUGAGCUCAACAGUCAGUCAUUCCUUUGCCUGCCGCGAUGUGCCACGGAUUGACCGCAAGCAUGAAAGAUGCAUGGACGCC